AUAAAGAGAGCGAACGGACGAGAGGCAGAUUCCCGCUAGUCGACAGCGACACGUUGACUUUUCCCGAUAAAAAUAAUCGGCCCACUGCAGCUUCGCGCGCACCUGGUCGGCGACGCCGUGUCGGUAUGGUGCACUGGACCAACACCUGUAAGACUAUGAUGCUGUGAAGUGGCUCGCUGUAACCUACUGUAGAGUCAAAUUAUUUUUAGAAUCGGUUUGUACUUAAAGGCAGCAAGAUGCGGAUUGUACAAUUAAGAAGAAGUCGAUUGACCCAGUUUAUUUUGGCUGCUGUAGCUACAAUUUUCAUUUUCUAUCUUUUAUUGGCAAAUCGUAGCGGAUCAGGAGAUAGCGGUGGUAUACAUUCAUACUUAAAAGGUUUUAUAAAAGAACAAAAGGUCCAUGCUCCUGAGUUUACAAGCGGUUUAGGUAAUUUUGAGCCAGAAAUUCAGCAUAGGACUGGUCCAGGAGAAGAGGGAAAACCUCAUAUAUUACGGGAUGAUCAACAGAAUGAUGUGCAAGAAUCAGAGACAGCGUAUGGCAUGAAUAUUGUGUGCUCUGAUGAAAUAUCCUUAGAUCGAUCAGUACCGGAUACACGGCCAGAUGAAUGCAAGCAUUGGAAUUACUCUAAAAAUUUGCCCAAAACAAGUGUAAUCAUAGUUUUCCACAAUGAGGGUUGGUCGGUUCUGAUGAGAACUGUUCACAGUGUUCUUAACAGGACUCCACCGCAAUACCUUGAAGAGAUUCUUUUGGUUGAUGAUUUUUCGGAUAAAGAAAACUUAAAGGGUGAGUUGGAAUCUUAUAUUGAACAGUGGGGUCCAAAAGUAAGAUUAUUGAGAAAUAAAGAAAGAGAAGGCUUAAUUCGUACAAGAUCUCGUGGUGCUAGAGAAGCCAAGGGAGAAGUUAUUGUCUUCUUAGAUGCUCACUGUGAAGUAAAUGUCAACUGGCUUCCACCAUUACUUUCUCCAAUAGCUGAAGACAACAAAGUAAUGACAGUUCCUAUAAUUGAUGGAAUUGAUCACAAAACUUUUGAAUAUAGACCAGUUUAUCAAGAAGGUCACUUAUAUCGAGGUAUUUUUGAAUGGGGUAUGCUUUACAAGGAAAAUGAGUUACCACAGAGAGAAGCCAAAACGAGGAAACAUAACAGCGAACCAUAUAGAUCUCCAACGCAUGCCGGUGGUUUAUUCGCUAUAAACCGAGAAUACUUCUUGUCUCUCGGAGGAUAUGAUGAAGGCUUGCUCGUUUGGGGUGGUGAAAAUUUCGAAUUAUCAUUUAAAAUUUGGCAAUGUGGAGGCAGCAUUCUGUGGGUGCCCUGUUCCCAUGUAGGACACGUUUACCGUGGUUUUAUGCCUUACAACUUCGGAAAACUCGCCCAAAAGAAAAAGGGACCUCUAAUAACAAUAAAUUACAAGCGUGUUAUUGAAACGUGGUUUGAUGAGAAGCAUAAAGAAUUCUUUUAUACAAGAGAACCUCUUGCUCGAUUGUUAGACCAUGGAGACAUAACAGAACAGUUGGAAUUCAAAAGAAGAAAAGGAUGCAAAAGCUUCCAAUGGUUUAUGGAUAAUAUUGCAUACGACGUUCUUGACAAAUUCCCAGAGUUACCACCAAAUAUUCAUUGGGGCGAGAUGAAAAAUGUAGCCACGCAAAUGUGCCUUGAUACCAUGGGACAUGCUCCACCUAAUCUUAUGGCCACAUCUCACUGCCAUGGGUUUGGAAAUAAUCAGUUGAUCCGGUUAAACGCAAAAGGACAACUAGGAGUUGGUGAGCGAUGUGUAGAAGCUGAUGGCCAAGGCGUCAAAUUGGCUUUCUGUAGAUUAGGAACUGUAGAUGGACCCUGGCAGUAUGACGAAAAAUCAAAAACACUUCUGCAUAGAGUGCAUAAAAAAUGUAUGGCUCUUCACCCGCAGACACACCAUUUGUCAUUGAUGCCUUGUGACAUGAAUAAUGCAUAUCAGCAAUGGACUUUUGUUCAAAUCAGUCCAAACUGGUAAAUUAUGAAAAUUGGCGGCUUUUUCUCAGUCAAACUAAGAAAAAGAACUUUGGAUACAUUUACGAUUGCAUGUACGAUUAUACUUAAAACACGGAUGUCACGGUGUGAGAAAUUACAGUCAGCACUAAAGUUAUUUAAAAUUUGCAAAUCGCAAUACUAAGAUAUUUAUAAUAAUUGGGCCAUUGAAACUAUUUAAAACUUGAUAAAACACCAAGUUUUUAUAGUACUUCUUAAUGACUGAGGUGAUUGUUCGAUAAUAAGGUUUUUACAGACUGUGUGUAGAUAAACUUUUUUCAUUUUAAUACAGAAUGCGUGCUAUAAAGCAUUUCCCACAUCAAAUGCAUUUAAAUAAUCGUUCCUUACAACUUGAAACACAGUUUACACGAAUUUCUGAUGAUGUAGCUCCAGUAAAUCUAAAAUUCUUGUGCAUUUGAGAUAUAUCAUUAAAAAUGAUACAUGUCGUGUGAUUAGCAAUUGAAAAUUAUAAGUAGAUAGGGAAGUAGGAAAUCAAAGAUCAAAAUUUAUUGUUAGAUUAUCGGUGAUUGUAAAAUUAUGAAACCAUCGGCGAAAAUAAUGCUUGGAAGUAUAAUUUAUUACCAUUCCAAUAUGUACCAUUUUUACAAACUGAUAGUUAAGAAGUCACAUAGGUACUUACUAAGAUAAAAUGUUUGUAAUACACAAUGUUAGAAUCAAGUGAUUCAUAGUGCAUAAUCUUAUACUUCAUACUAUGUACUUUAAAAAAUAGCUUUUCAAUUUUUAAGCAUGAAAACUUUAAAAGAUUAUUAUUUUUUUAUAAUUAUUUAAAUAGUAAAAAACCUCUUUUCUCCCACAGUGUGUGUUAUACAUAGUAUGAGAAUGUAAAAAGGAAUACCCGUUGUGAAUUACCGAAAGCGAAAGAGAUUGUAAACAAGAGAUAUUUUUUAUAAUAGGAAAAGCGAAAUAAAAAAACAGUUUUGUGA